AUGUCGUUCUGGGGAGUGGAGGUGAAGGCGGGCGAGACGGUGGUGGUAGAUCCUACAGAGCAUGACUUCGACUACAUACACCUGUCCCAGGCGAGUCUGGGCGAGACAGCCAAGGACCACGAGCGGGUGGUGCUCAAGGUGCGACAGGUUGAAUUCCCCGAAGGCUCUGACGAUGAUGACAGUGACGACAGCGAGGAUAGCGAUGAUAACGAUGACAUGGAGGAGGGGAAGGCGGGCAAGGGCAAGCAGUCUUCCAAGUCGUUUGCAGUGGGGCCGGAGGUGGUGCUGGGCGUGCUGGUGAAGGGGCGCGUGGACUUUGCAGCCAUGAACCACAUCUUUGACCGGCAGUUCAGCCUGGCCCACGCGGGCAGCCACAGCGUGUUCUUCUCCGGCUACAAGACCUCUGACUCCCUGUAUGAUGAGGACGAGGAGAUUGAGGAGGAUGAGGAGGACGAGGAGGAGGAGGACAGUGAGGAUGAAGAUGAUGAGGAUGACGAUGAGGAAGAAGACGAGGCGAUGGAAGGCAGUGAAGAUGAGGAAGCAUCAGCAGCAGCCAUGGCAGCCGAGAAAUCGUCGAAGGGAAUGGCGGCCGCUGCAGCGGCGGCUGUUGAGAAGCGAGCACGCAUCAAGUCAGGAAAGAAAGGCACUCCAGUGCCCUCCCCAGCAGGGGGGAGAGGUGCAGCAGCAGCAGGAACACCAUCAGCAGCAAAGCAAGGAACUCCAGCAGCACGAGCGGAGGGCAAAGAUUCUGCACCGAGGAAUGGGAAAGAUGUGACACCAAAGAAAGACGUGACACCAAAGAAAGACGUGACACCGAAGAAAGAGCCUGUGACAGGCAGCAAGCGGCCAUCUGUGAGCAUCGUCACUCCGCCCUCAUCGAAAGGCAACGGGGAGAAGACUGAGCGGAAGAAACCUCGCCCUGACACCCCCGCUGCCGUCAAGACCGCAGCCAAGGUGAAGCCGCAGACAGCUGCUACAGUAACCCCUCCUCAAGCCCAGAAGUCAACCUCCCCUGUCCAGAGCACCUCGCCAUCUACUCCUAAAUCGGGCUCCUUUCCAUGCACGGCAUGUCCCAAGAGAUUCACGUCUUCUGAUUCCUUAGCAAACCAUGUCAAGGCGAAGCACAGCACAGGGAAAUAG